GAGUCUUCUGCCCAGAAUCGAAACUUAACCCGGGACAGUGAGUCCUGGCACGGGUCCUGACUGUGUUUCCUGCUGUUGGGUCAGCUUGGCCUGUAGGUAGCUGACAGAUAUCCCGUCUUUUUAGCCCGUCCGACCAGAAAUGACACGACGUUGAACUUUAAUUCGGGUCAAUGAACUUCCUGACUUCAUCAGGGAACAAUCAUGGACCCUGCCAGACAGAAACGAAUAGAAGACAUAAACAAAGAUCUGGCCUUCAUACAGUCUUCACUGGCUUAUCCAGACCCGGAGGGAUAUCAGGACUUUGUGACCCAGUUGGUGGUGAACCUGCUGGAUGAGGGGAACGCGUUGUUCAGAGAUGGAGAGUGGCAUCAGGCGGUGAAGAUGUUCUCUGAAGGACUGAAUGUGUCGGAGUACGCUGUGUCAGAGGAGCUCAGCAUCCCUCCGGCUCUGCUGGAGAGUCUGUAUGUGAACAGAGCUGCUGCCUACCACAGCAUGGGUGAAUAUGAUCUUGGUGUGAUUGACUGUGACAAUGCCCUUACAGUUUAUAAAGAGAGCCACAGAGCUCUGUACAGGAAGGCUCUGUGUUUAAAGGAGCUGGGGAAAUACAAAGAGGCUUACAACGUCACCACGGACCCUCAACUCAUCAACCGAACGGAUGUGAAAGUGAACGAGUUAGCUCAGGAGCUGACCGUCCGUCUGGGACUGAAAGUCAGGAAACCGUACGUUAGCGUGAAGGGUAGCAGCCUGAUCACUAGUGCCGUCCCAAACGGGACCACGAACCCUGAAGUUACUAAGGUGUCUGGUCCUCAUGUAGGAAACAAUUUGAAUCCUCUGAACAACUUCGCUCCAGUCAGAUUUUCCAGCAUGCCUCUGUCCUCUCUGCCCUCCUCUUUUGCGGCAUCUGUAGUUCACGAUGUGGCGGAUACGAUAGACGACUCGGAGCUGAUUGGAGACGACUUGGAUAGCUUACUCGACUCUUUUCCUGAUCAGCAAUCUCAGGCCGAGGUGGCGUCCUCUGUCCCCCUUAAGUCACACCCUCUCUCCGUCCCCUUUAUCCUCCCUGCUCCCACCCCACAGCUCCCCCCCGCCUUUUUUAACUCAGCCGUCAGCGGCCUCAGCUCUCUAGAUUCCUUCUCAGGCACUCCCUGUCCCAUCGAUAAGUCCACAUUAGACGCUCUGGACGACCUGUCCUCAUCUGGACUAACAGCUGGAAUUACACCUGAAUUACCAGCUGUAGACCAGACCUUAAACGCAGCCCCGCCCUCUGUGGGACUGGACACACUAGAUGGCCUCGACUCUCUGGAUGAUAUCUAUGAAAGUCCUCUGAGUUCUCCUGUAGAGUCCACGGAGGAGCAGAUCCUGAGGGACCUAGACGUGCAGACCGACUCUGAUCCAGGUGAUCUUCAGGCCGGUCUGAAAGCAAUGGAUCAGUUGGAUUGUCUGGAUGCUUUAGACCAGUUUCCGUCUGUGAACGGUGUGGGGUCUCUGCCCGUAGUCUCUAUUGGAGGAAAGGAUCUGGACUCUCUCUCUGACUUUGAUUCGACAGAAGCCUCAGACUUCCUCACUGCUACAGCUCCAGUGAAACAAUCUGCAGAAAUUAACCACAAGGAGAGUAAAAUUCAGGCUGGAGAUCCAUCCUUUAAUCCUCUGGCCUACACACACGAGUUCCUGCAGGCCUGCUCCAAAUGUUAUCCUCAAACAGGAGAAAGUAUUUACACGUUUGUUCAUAAGCCUGAUCUGGUCCACAGUUGUGACAAAAACGUCCUCCUGUGUAGAAGAAAGUCAGAACCUCCCGAUGGGUGGACCAGAGUCAGACCGCUCCCUGCCUUCACUUCGUUCAACGGACCGUUUGUCCUCUGCAGAGAGCUGCUGAUGUCGGGGGAGAAAGGAUUGUGUAAGUACAGAGAAAAAUGUAACUUUGCAUUUAACCAGCUGGAGAUCGAUGUUUGGACAGAGGAGAGGAAGGGACGGCUGGAGAGAAAAUAUCUGUUCGAUUCUCGGGUUGUUAAACAAGAUCCAGUACGCACCAUCAUUCAACUGAUGCAGGAGCAUAAAGGCGUCUACAUGUUCCUCUGUCAGGAAUGCUUUGAUAAUAAACCCAGAAUCAUCAGCAAACGCAGCGGAGAAAACCCCACCACCUGCUCCAACAAGGAUGUUCACCACAGUUUCGAUGCCAAUAAGUGUUUGGCGUUCGUAGUGAGAGCCCACUGUGUGACCUACAAGAAGAUCCGCCCCCUCAGCCUCUUCUGCCAGUUUGAAUUAUGUCGACACGCAAUCAGAAGCCUCUGCCUAAAAGAAGACAAGUGUGCUUACGCUCACUCUGUGGUAGAGCUGAAGACAUGGAAGGUACAGAGAAACACAGGUAUUGGUCCUGAGGAGAUAGUGAAAGUUUCCACAAAGGAUUAUGGCAAACAGGGACAAACUCAAUCUCAGCUCAAAAUCAAAGUAAAAAGAGUAUCAACUGGAGACAGACCGAGAGGAGCAGAAGGAGGAGCAGGGAGGAGUCUGAACAUGAGGAUGAAGUUUGUGUGUGCUCAGUGCUGGCAGGGCUGCAACAUCAGCGAACCUGAUAAAACCCUGAAAUACUGUAAAGCCAAGGCCAAACAUCCGUGGGUGCCUGACAGAUGCGUGCUGCUGGUAAAGUCUGGAGAGAGAAGUAGAUGGGUUCAAGUUCGACCACUGCCACAUGUCAAGAAUUUCCCUCAGCACUAUGACAUUUGUUUUCAGAUUGAGAACAAAGGGAAAUGCACCUACAAUGGGGGGAAAUGCACCUUUGCUCACAGCCAGGAGGAGAGAGAGAUGUGGAUGUACAUGAAGGAUAAUAACAUGCCGCACAUGCACCAGAUAUACGAGUUAUGGCUUUCUUUAAGAGUCCAAACCCUCCAAAUAGAUGGCGCCAUGCUAUCGCAGUCUGAGGAGAAAAACAUUGUCAUGCCAACAGACUACGCUGAACCUCUGAGCGGUUUUCACUGCCGUUUGUGUGGGAAACACAGCAACAGCGAGCGUCAGUGGCAGCAGCACAUCUCUACAGAGAAACACAAAGACCGAGUGUUCAGCUGUGAAGGAGAGGAGGAAGCUCUAGCCUGGAGCUACAGAUUCCCUGGGACAUGCUUCAAACUCUGCCCCAGGCUGGGCGGUGUCUGUCCUGACGGCGUGAGCUGUGACUUCGCUCACAGUGAAGAGGAGCUGCAGGAGUGGACAGAGAGACGAGAUUUCCUGAGACAGAAGUUAGCCAAAGCCAGAGAAGACAUGCUCAUCAUGCCUGAUGAGUUUGACUUUGGAAAAUACAACUUUCUACUUCAGGACUGAGAGGAUUUUUUUUUUUUUACCUUUACUGCCAAACAAGCCUUUCUGCACAUUUAGCGUUUACAAAUCAAAAUCAUCAGGUUUUUUUCAUGCUGGCUUUGUGUUUAAUUUACCAGAAGAUAUCUAGAAGUUGCAUUCAUAAAGAUAAGCCAAAAAUGCACAAUGCAAAUGUCAGAUAUUUACAUUUUUUUUCUGACAGGAACAUUUUCAGUUAGUUUCUUUGCUCAUGUCUGAGCAGCGUCAUCAGUACAAACAGAGCUCAGGCUCUGAGUAGGACUCAUGUUGCUGCCACAGUAAAAUAACAUUUAAAUAGUUAAUGACAGGCUAUUCAUGAAGAUUUUAACCAUUUACCUGCAGCUUUGUAUUUCUUUAAACAUGUUUGUUUUUACUUCUGGUAGGGUUUUGUCCGAUCAGUGAAUUUAUUUAAUGCUCUUUCAGUCCAAAGUUCACUCAGAGGAUGUUCAAAGAUUUAUAAUAAAUAUGAAUAAAGACGGUCAUGCUCA